CUGGGCCAGUCCCAUCAUCGUGGACAUGACUGAGGUAGCUCUCUGUUCUGAAGAGGACCCACUUAACUUCACCUCCAAAGUCUGUGUGAAUAUUACAGUCCUCCAGAACCUGCUGGCCAAUCAGGACAACCACUGGUUGGUAAACUACUGUGCCAAUCAUUCAACCAUUCCUCCUGGUGGAGGAGGAGGAGGAGGAGGAGCUGGAGCUGGAGGACAGGGCGGAGGACAGACUGUCUUUAACACCUCUGGACAGUGUCUGUACAGCAGCUGGAUCAUGUCUCCCCCAAAUGCAAUGGUCUUGAGCCAGUGCUGGGAGCGUGACCAGGCCCGUUUCCUCUCAUUUAUCUGCCAGAGCAGUGGGCUCCUCUGGCUCUUCUCCCAAGACCUAUCCAAAGCCUGGGUAGGCAGAAUAUGUACGACGUACAACAACUACACCACUACAGCCAACAGCACCAAUGCUACAAGCCCUGAUUUUUGUUUGGCAACAAAUCUGAUGAAACAGUUCAAGUGGACCUGCCCAAACAGCUUCAUCUCAGACUGUCAGCCUUGUGCCACUCAGAACAUGAUGGUGCAGAUGAUCGUUCGCUGCUGGGUGGAGAAUCUGAGCCUCAAGAUUCAGGAUUUGCUGACUACGUCUGUGACUAAAGUGUUGAACCAAGCAGUCGCCACCACUGUGGUGAUCCUCCUGGCUGUGGAGGACUCCCUGGGCCCCAUUUGGCACAUCAAUGAGACCAUUGGACAAAGUGUCCUCGAGUCUGUGUUCAACUACCUGAUGACAGAACCCAACCAGGACAAUAAGAGGGUGGUGCUGCAGUGCUUUGGGAAGUUGAUCGGCAGUUUGCUGCAGACGGCCCGAGAACUGACCACCAACGAUCUCCUUUUUGCAAAGGAGUACUUCAGUUUACCACUGAGCAACGUGAAGCCUGUGUUAACUUCAGCACAGAUGAGCACCAUCAGACUGAUUCUGCAGUACUACAGCAUGUUUAAAAGCAGUCUGCAGGUAAAUCACAUCCUACCUGACAACAGAAACUCUACGUUGCACCUCUUUAAUCUAUUAUACUACAUAUCAGAUAUAAUCUCACUGUUCUUGCCUCUGUAAGCUAUCUGAUGCGUACCUGUCCACCAUGGUGUCGGUGCUACUCCAAACCCAAAUGGCCGCAGACGGAAAGACCUUUCUGGAGCUGGUCCCCCUGCUGAUUGCAGCCAGUCCAGCUGAUAUUGUGGCGCUGCCCCCCUUACAGGGUGACAGAAAUGUGUAAGUAAUUACUUCACCGAUACUGAACAUUCAGUUCUGACAUUUAGCUUUGGUUCAUUAAUUCUGUUAGCUGCAAAAUCUAGAGAGACCUUUGCAGAAGCAGAAAGACACAUAUAUAGGAUGAUGUGCCAGGCUCUGA